AUGAACAACAACAUCAUGAACUCCACAGAUUCCCCUCAAGUCCAUGUAGAAGAGGACCCCACUACAAGCACACCUUGCAUCAUCAUGUUGCACAGGGAAAUGACCACUGCAGACGACAUGAUAUCAGACAGGAUUGAGGAUCCAGAUGACUCUUCGUCUACCGCAGGAUCCGACGAAAGAUGCUACCUGGAUACGUCGCAUGGAAAGAAGGGUAGCUCUGCGGAUAGUGGCGACACCCAGAAUUCGGAUAUCGAUCCAUCCAUUCAGCAGAGGGACGAUGAUGGAGCAAGCACUACUUCCACACUAGUCCUAUUAUGUUGCUACCCCACCAGCGAGUACGGCGCUUGGAUAUGUUGCAAUGUCGUGGUGCUGCUAUUCUUUGUGAUUGGAGCUGUGGUUGUCGCAGGAAUUGCAUGUGCGCAAGGCCUGUGUACUUCCAAUCCGGACUAUACAUGA